GGGACUGGUGCGCGCGGCCGUGCACGCAGCUGGCGCGAGGAGCUCCAAGUCGAUAAGAGAGAGGACUUUAAAUCCCGGCGAUCACACGCGCUGCGUUUGCUUUCCGGUUGCGCGAAAGAGGAGGCUGGAGACCGUACGCACGCGGUCGGAUUUUGAACGCUCGUGUCUCGCCUGUUGUUGUUGUUUUUGUUGUUGUUGUGUGGGUGUUUCUUUUGUUUUGUUUUAAACACGGAACACAGUUGAGUUGGUGUGCGCUGCGUGCUCCGUGGAUGGGGCCCGCGCGCCGCCGCGCUCCGCUCCGCCAAGCGGGCCGAUGGUAGCGCGCGACUCGCGCCGCACGGGACCAUGGUCGAGAGGAGCGGCAAGUUCCUGUUCGCCGUCGUCGGCUCGGCGCUGUUUAUGCUCAUCCUCUAUCAGUACGCAGCACCCGGUGCCGUGACGUCCAACUUCGGCUUACCGCGCGCCUAUGCGUCCGAGGACGACGACGCCGACGCAUUCCCCACGCCCGACCCACACUACGUCAAGAAGUACUACUUCCCCGCACGCGACCUGGAGCGCGCCGUCGACUUUCAGAUCAAGGGCGACGACGUGCUUGUGUUCCUGCACAUCCAAAAAACCGGCGGCACCACAUUCGGUCGUCACCUCGUCCAAAACGUGCGUCUCGAGCUGCCUUGUGACUGCCGACCCGGCCAGAAGAAGUGCACGUGCUACCGGCCAAACAGCAAGGAGACCUGGCUGUUCUCGCGCUUCUCCACGGGCUGGAGCUGCGGACUGCACGCCGACUGGACCGAGCUCACUAACUGCGUGCCAGGGGUUAUCAAUAAGAAGGAGAGCAAACUGAAAAACCAAAGGAAGUUCUACUACAUCACCCUACUGAGGGACCCUGUGUCACGCUACCUCAGCGAGUGGCGACAUGUCCAACGGGGAGCCACUUGGAAGACAUCACUGCACAUGUGUGAUGGACGCACGCCAACCCCAGAGGAGCUUCCGCCCUGCUACGAAGGCACAGACUGGUCAGGCUGUACCUUACAGCAGUUUAUGGAGUGCCCCUACAACCUGGCCAACAACCGGCAAGUGCGCAUGCUGGCCGACCUCAGCCUCGUGGGGUGCUACAACAUGUCUUUCAUCCCAGAGAAGAAGCGUGCUCAGAUCCUUCUGGAGUCGGCCAAGAAAAACCUGCGUGACAUGGCCUUCUUCGGUUUAACCGAGUUUCAACGCAAAACACAGUACCUUUUCGAGCGCACCUUCCAUCUCAAGUUCAUUCGACCAUUUGUGCAGUAUAACAGCACGCGUGCGGCCGGCGUCGACCUGGACAACGACACCAUCCAGCGCAUCGAGGAGCUUAACGAGCUGGACGUUCAGCUCUAUGACUAUGCACGUGACCUUUUCCAGCAGCGUUAUAUGUUUAAAAGGCAAUUGGAAAGGCGUGAGCAAAGGCUCAAGAACCUUCGGCGCUCAGCUGGCUCUAUAAUUUCUCCCGUGUCCCGUGAUGAUGCGGGUGACUCUGAAUUUUCACGUUUGUCCACAGAAGAUUACAUGAACCAUAUUAUUAAUCGCUGGUAGCAGGAUUGAAGGCAAAACCUGGAGAAAUGAGAAAAGUGGUGCCAACGUCUGUUUCGGUGACCAGUACUCUCAGCCAGCCAGACUGUGAGCUAGACUUGACAUCCAAUAAGCUCAUCCUGCCUCGUUCAUGCCUGGAAUGAUAUGAGGCAUAAAGACUUUAAUGACUCAAAACUUUAAGCCCACUUCAGAAUUCCUUCAAGACAAUAGGGAUUCUGUACAAGGCAUACCUUAAGAGAAUGAUCAAAGGAAGAUUGUAUAGUUAUUUGCCUAAAUGUCUGCUGCCAUUUUAGCCAUGGCUUUGAAACAGUGAUGUUCCAUAUCAUAGUUUGUUUUGUUUUCAGGGUUCUUUAGAAUGAUUAUUUUCGCACUUCCUACAAGAGGUGUUUUUAAAGCACUGAGACCAACUAUGCUGCCUAAUGUCUAUUGUAUGCAAUUUUUCAGCUUUGUUUAGUCAUCGUUCGGAAAAAAAAAAAAGAAAAAGAAAAGUUUAGAAGAAUCUUUUUAUUUGAUUUUGUUUUUAUUAUUUUAUCAUGUUCGUUUUUAUGACCAGAUAUUUGUGGACUAUAGCCAUUAUUUAAACUUACAGCAUAUUGUAUGGAAUUAAGUUAAGCUAAAGGUGAAAGCUAAAACUACACACCCAGGUUGUCAAUUAUCUUAUAUAAACUUCUAUCAGCCAGCGCAGCCCCAAGCAUUACCCUGUGUUCACACUGGACACAGCAUGCACAACAGCUGGAAGUCAUGCAUUUUCAAUGACAGAUAAUUAGAGUGGCAAGAGGCAAAGCAACCAUUUGCAACUCAGAAUUGGGUAAGUAAUGCAAAAAAAUAAACCAAUGCGACUACCAAUGGGAGCAGGGUAUAUUUGCCCCACAGCUAUCCAUGUUUUUUCCAUGUUGGUUCCAGAUCUUUCUUCAUAAUCGGAGCUCCUGAUCCAGCCAAUGACACUCUGUCAGUGUUCAUGCUGCAAAUGUUUAUCAGUGUUUGCAAGGAGAAAACAUUCGUUCUAAAACAGGUCAAGUGUGCACUGCAUGGCUGCCAUUUACUGUAUACACAAGCAUUUCUGAUUCAGUUUUACUUAUAUUGUAGCUCUAACAUCCCACGGCAUGCGAAAGGCAACAGUAGCAAUGCAAAAGCUCCCUGAGAUGACACCAGAAAGAAACCUUUAGCGGAAUAAAGCCCUAUUCGGACGGGAUUAGUUUUACAUGGGGACGUGGAGUAAUGCAAUUUUACCUCAGGACGUCUGUAAUAUUAAUUGGCCAAUUCGCACGGGACAAGACAUCUCAGUAAAACUAGCAGAAGUGGGAGGGGUAACUCGCUUUACGCACCACAGUAACCACCUUGUCGUCAUGUGCGUAUGACGUUGCUUCCUGUUAUCACGUGCGCAAACAGACAACAUGGCGCCUCCAUGCUUGCAAAAACGCGCCAAAAACUACUUUUAAACAGGAAAUGAUGGAAUUUUACCGUACAUAUUUACAGCGGGUCUAUUCGGACGGGAUUAGUAUUACCUGAGGUCAUUUUUCCGGACCUUUUUACAGAAGGUAAAAGUCGCCGUAAUCUUUACUGACAUUGUCUGUAAUGAUUACCGAGAUGGCACAUUCGGACGGGACUAAAAUCACAGAGAAGCUCUGGUAAUAAUUACUUUACCCCCACGUCCCCACGUAAAACUAAUCCCGUCCGAAUAGGGCUUAAGACUUAAAAGGGAACCUAUACUCUUCUGGGUGAUAGUGAAUGGUGCAAAUCUAAAUUAUUACACCAUACAGCUAUAUAAGAGUUAAGACAAACAAUGCUAAGUGUUUUGACAAGAUGGUGAUCGAUCUGGGAUGAUCUACAGACUCUUAUUUCUUAUUUGUCUUUAAAUCUGUGGUUUUGCUUACAUUCUAUAACAACCUUUCUAGUUUGUACAGUCAAAGUGCACACAAAGCCGGGCAACAACAGGGAAACCAUAAUAAAUGUCAGUAACUCAGGAUGUAAACGCCUACUAGCGACAAACGUACAACUUGAGCAUCGGACAAGUGUGAACGCAGGGUUAAAUCAUGCCGCUUAAUACCUACACAUGAGACAUAUUCAGUUAAAAGGGAAUCGAAUGCUUUGAUUGGUUCUACGUGCCAGGAUUAAAAGAGAACAUAAUUUCCUCUUCUUAGGCUUCUAAGAAGAGGAAGUCAUCAGUUGCUCGCAGUUUCUCUUCAUUACUGUACAUUUUUGUAUGGGAAAGUGUAAGGAUGUGAUUAUUAUUUAUACAUUCUAUACAAUAUAGUGUGAAUGUGCACACCAUGUUUUUGUGUGUGUACUGUAUGAUGCCUUGCCACGAUCUGCAGGGAGUGAAGUAGAAGUCAGUAUCACAACCCUUUGCUAAAUGCUAGCAUUACAUCAAAAAAAUGCACUUAACAACUAAACCCAGCCAAGCCUGAGGAAUAAAGUGGUGACCUUUUGGAAACGUGAGUUUGAACAAAUGAAAUCUAGCCGUCUUUAAGAAAUUGUAUAUCUCUGUUUAUUCACUCCGCCUACAAAAAAACGAUAAACAACUGUUUUGGUGCGUGCAAAAUGCAUAUUUAACAAAAUGCAAAAUAUUUUAUACUAUAAAAGAAGCUUGGCGUGAAGUGCUCUCAAGGUUGCCUUUUCUAUAAAGUCAAUUCAUUGAUAUGUUCUUUUCUUUUCCAAAGUAUGGCAACCCGUAGCGGGCGAUCUGGUGUUCGCAGCCCAUAUAUUCAUGUGUAUUCAUGUAGGCUAAUUACAAAUGUUCUUACAAAAAAAAAUAGCUACAAUGACCCCUACUAUUUCCCUGAACCUUGUCUCAACUGUGUUUGUUUUGUUUGUCCAUCACAUUCCAAUUGCUCUAAUUUUUGGUUCUUAGCAUUGCACAAAUGUAUCACUGAAAGCCACAAAUAAAAGAAAUUUCACUUUUUUA